CUUGACCAGUACGAGGCCGAGAGAAGGAACUGGACUUUGGAAAUGUGCCGGAUAAUGAAAAAGAUAGUGUGCGGUUAAGGGAGAUUUAAACUACUAUUUAAGACAGAAAUUUUCGGGACGCAAUUAUUUAACUACUUUAUAAAAAAUAUACUGAUUGGACAAGGACCGGUUAAAACAGACUAAUGUGACCGGGCGGGAUAUCCUGCUGGGUGUUUUUCGGCAGUAUGCGAAAGCGAGGUAUUGUAUUGGGUAAUGUAUUGUAUUUUGAUAUGGCCCUUCGUCAAUACGAGUCAUGGAAGCCACCUUUGAUUUCGGAUUGACCCGAAAAAUAACAAUACAUAGUCGGUUCCAGAAGUUUAUAUCAGUGUUGUUCAGGAAAAUCAUAAUUGCGCAAUCAUUUUACAAAAUAGGUUUUACGAGACCGAAAACUAACAACACUUUGUUGCCCCCACUCCACUUCCUUGAUAAGAAGUUCAAAUAUGCUUUUUUCAAGAUGACGGCCAUGUUAGAUUUUGGACCGGCCUGAAAAAUAACAACUCUUGUCAGGAUAAUCUUAUGAUCAUUUCAGGUAGGUUAGAGCUAAAUCAAACUGGUGGAACUCUUAAAAAAAAGUUUCAAAUAUGUGUUGUGCAAUGAUGUUACAAAAUGGCCGCCGUGACGGCCAUGUUAAAGUUUUGAAUUUAUUUAUCACGAAGAAUGGUGAUUCGUGGAUAGACAUGCUCUCAAGACUUAAUCAAAAUAGUAUUAUAACGGGACAACUUGAAUGUGUCUAGGACACAACGUCUAUCCAACUACUACAGCCCUCACUUUAUCUUAUCACGCGACAACGUCGGCUAGGACACGCUACCUGAAUGUAUUAUCUACCUUUGCUGAGUUGUGUAAACGUUUCCAGAUAACGGCGGGAGUAAUCAAUGUACCUAUGGCUAGGUAUCCGACAAAAUGGCGUACCUGUGAUAACGGCCUGUUUACUGCUAUCGGAAAAAGGGCGAGACUACUGGACAUAUGGACUAAUUUGGAUUUGGUUUUGCUGUGUUUAUCAUCAUGGACAGACUUCGAGACAUAUGGACUAAUUUGGAUUUGGUUUUGCUGUGUUCACUGUCAUGGCCCGACCAACUGACUUAUCAUGGAUUAAUUUAUGUUUGGUUUUGUUGUGUGUGGAGUCCUAUCAAUACCUAUGGUCAGUUAGGGACGGCCUCCCCAGUGUGGAGGGUACAUACGUUAAGUACAUCUGUGUUGGACAAAUAUAGUCAAUUUAAUAUGAUAAAUUGGUGCUAUGGACAAAAUUGCAAGAACAUAACUUUGUAGUAGAAAAUUUGAUGUAACGUGGCUCGGUGACUUUAAAAGACAGCUUAGUUUUUAUAAUUAGUGUGAUGGAAUUCAGUGCAUUUAAGCUAACAUAUUUUAUAAUAUUUAUUGUAAUGAAUUAAUAUUUUUAUAGAUCCAGACGUUGAAAUCUUACCUCAGAGACAAAAAAAACGUGUUAUCAAAGUUGAUUUGUGUACACAGGUGUGAUAAUAUUGAAACAUAGUAUCAUUUAUAUGCCACAUAUGUCCCGGUUUUAAGACGCCGACACGGAAUAUUUUUCCUAUACUGAUUGGUUUACUGCCGAGAUAGUGACAUUUGACAUAAUAAACAUUAUGCAGAUUCAAAACCAAUAGGUAACCACGAGAACCUAAAGUUCUAUUGAUAUUUCUUCUGAUAUAUUGCACCUUUAUUUACCAAUGAUAACGGUUUUUAAGGAAUAUGCGCGCAUGCGUGAUGAUCUAAUUUAAAUGAAGGAGGAAGUAAUGUAGCUAUUUCAGAAUGCGUUAAUCACAUAUUGUUGACGGUUUCCUUUUUUAUACGAAGGUAACACAUCGAGUUUUGCGAUUAUACUGUAACAUAUGGUGGAGCAUAUGUUUAUUUUAAAGAAAAAACCGGAUGAAACAUUGAAGUGAAGGACAAUUUAUUGACCAAAUAGCAACAAAAAGGAGGGAAACAUCAAAUUCAGACUCCCUACAGACAGAUAAGACGCCUUCAGUGACGAACUAUUGUGCCUGCCCUAGCGAAUAUUUAAAUAUGAUAUUGAAGUUCAAUAUAAUACGUUUAUAGGACUUAAUCCGUUCUUAACCACAUUAUACAUUUCGAACAGCAAAAUGAAGUCGAGCAAUCUGCCCUGCUCGAGUAAACACGUGACAUGUGUUGUUGUGAGUGUGUGCGCGAUUGUGUAUAUUUUCCAAUACUAUGACUUACAAACAAUAUUUACUGCUAAUGAAAGAAUAACAUCUACGAAUUCUUCUGACCAUAUCCAUUUUAUUGCUAGACACUUUAAUUAUCAAAAUGAAACAUUAAAUAUAAAAGGAUCAUUCGAAGGAGAUACCCCUCAAUCUGAUGUUAUACUUCGCAUCGCUAAUCUUCCGUCCAAUUUUUUAAAACAAUUGUACAGUAAGGACUUAAAACAUUUGAGGCCACAAGAAACAUCAAGCAAGGCUACCACACCGUCGAGUACUUUUGAAGAUAAGUGGUUGCUUCCCCCAAGGAAGACGGCAAUUGGAAUAGACUGUCCAUUGCUUUUCUCAGGAGACCAGUCUGAACAAAAACGUGCUAAAACUUUAAUGGAACAUCCAAAACCUCCAUUUCCACUUUCAUCUUACGUAGAAAUGACAAAGGACUGCGAAAAAUUUAAACGCCAGAUGCAUUAUAUCACAAGUUCAUUAACAGAGGAAGAAGAGAAUUUCCCAAUAGCUUACAGUAUGAUUGUUUUUAAAGAACUAGAACAGACUGAACGUCUUCUGAGGGCUAUUUAUCGCCCACAGAAUUUUUACUGUAUACACAUUGAUUCCAAGUCUCCAAAUGACUUUCGGGACACGUUAACGGGAAUAGCCGGCUGCUUCGAUAAUGUGUUCAUCACCAAUAUUUCAGUAGACGUUCGCUGGGGAACGUUUACUGUAGUUGAGCCUGAACUUAUCUGUAUGAAGGAACUAUGGAAGUACAAAAGUUGGAAGUACUUAAUAAAUCUGACUGGGCAGGAGUUUCCACUUCGAUCCAAUGCAGAACUUGUGAAGAUUCUUAAAGUUUACAAUGGAGCAAAUGAUCUCGAAGGAACAGUGAAAAGGGCAAAUACUGGACGUUGGGCGAAGGCCGGGAGCCCUCCGGCUGGUAUUCGUCCUGUGAAGGGGUCCGUUCAUAUAACCGUCAAUAGGGACUUCGUCGACUACGUCCUUCACAACCAGACUGCAAUAGAUUUCCUUAACUGGACGCGCGGAGUUGACAUCCCCGACGAAUGCUUCUUCGCUAGUCUCAACCACAACCCACAUCUCGGUAUACGAGGGACCUAUAAAGGUGAACCAGAGACCAGUACUGAUGUCAAACCUUUCCUAACACGGUUUAAGAAUUGGGGAGGUGAACCAUUUGACUGGCCUUGCCAUGGAAAAAGGGUGCGGAUGAUUUGCAUUUUUGGUGUGGAAGAUCUUCCUUUGUUGGCACAAAGACCCGAAUUGUUCGUGAAUAAGCUUUACUGGGACUUUGAACCGUUCGCGCUGGACUGUAUGGAGGAGCUUAUUUACAACAGAACACGCGAUGGUUACCUUCAGACUACAAAAUUCGAUACAACCUUUUAUGAAAAUCUUGACUUUGUGAAAAACCAGGUUUAGUGAGAGUACUUUAUUCUUGUGAUAGUACUUUAUUAUUGUGAUUGUUUCCUGAUUGCUUUUGCUUCCGGGUGUAAUUUAUACAUGUCAAACUUAAUAUAAAAGCAUGAACUUGGA